AUGUCGAAGCACUUUGCCAUUAUUGCCGGUGUCGGUGGCGGCACUGGCCGCUCGAUCGCCCUCAAGUUCGCCAAAGCCUACCCCGUUGUCCUCCUGUCCCGCACUCCCACCUCGUACGAGGCGACCGUCCAGGAGAUCAAUGCGACCGGUGGCCAGGCCGUGGGUAUCAGCGCCGAUCUGACGGACGUUGAAAGCACGCAGUCCGCGUUUUCCCAGAUCAAGAAGCUAUAUCCUGAAGGCCAUCUUGCGGCGGCCAUCUUCAACGCGGCCGCUCUGGUGCGCCAGCCGUUCCUGGAGCUCACCCCUCAGGCUUUUCAGCAGGGACUCACCAAUUCAGUGACCGCGGGAUUCAAUUUCUCCCAAGCCACACUACCCCUCCUUCUGCAAUGCGCCCAGGUAGAGAGCUCUGGUACGCUCUCCCCGACACUGAUCUUCACCGGUGCCACCGCCAGUCUGAAGGGGUCUCCGAACUUUGCAGCCUUUGCUGCCGGUAAGUUCGCUCUGCGUGGAAUGGCGCAGUCGCUUGCUCGCGAGUUCGGACCCCAGGGCGUCCACGUCGCGCACAGCAUCAUCGACGGAAUCAUCGAUACCCCUGUCACCAAGGGGUGGGGAUUCAACGGAGCAAAGCUGACUCCUGAGGCAAUUGCCGAUAGUUACUGGUAUCUCCAUAUGCAGCCCCGGGCGGCGUUUACCUUUGAGCUGGACUUGAGGCCCUCGAGCGAGAAGUGGUAG